GGCUGUAACCUGGUUUGGCUAAACGACAGCCAACUUUACUUAAAUUACCCAAUUAUGGAAUCGCUACUCAUCCAAGACGAAGAAGAGAGAAGAAAAAGAAGAAGAGAUCAUUAUAUGAUGAUGCCCACCAAUUGACCACUCGAUCUCCCUGAUCAGGGUCCCAAUUUCCCGGCCACAAUUUACAAUGACCCACCACCACCGACCUUUGGAAGGAGGAAACAGUAUCGAUUGCCGGAGACCCUCACCUUCACCCAACAAAUCUCCCACUUUCUAUCGAUUGAUGGAGUCCUCCGUCAUCCAUGACAAGAGAAUGAGAAUUCCAGGGAAGUUUGGGAAGAAGUUCGGUAUUGAACUUACUCCAUUCGGUACUCUCAUCGUACCGAAUGGCUGUGUUUGGAAAGUGUCAUUAGAGAAACUUGAAGAAGAUAAGCUAUGGUUUACAAAUGGAUGGCAUGAAUUUGUACAACACCAGUCUAUUGGUGCUGGAAACCUUUUAGUAUUUGCAUACAUGGGGAAUACAAGUUUUAGGGUUAACAUAUACAAUUUAGCUACUGCAGAAGUGAAAUAUCAAUGUCAUACACUGCAUAAUUCUGUUGAUCGUAGUAAAGAUCGAUAUAAAGUAGGGUUUGAGGAUGAUGACGAAGGUAUUGAUAUGUUGAAAUCGUAUUCGACUUCUGAAUCAUCCUUGCAAGACAAGUUUUAUGGUGGAAAUUUGAUUUAUCGUACUCCUUUGAUGAUGGGGCAUGUAGUUAAAUCCCAGUUUGAGCAUUCUUAUGAUCGGGCAGAGUCUUCUAAUGGAUAUGGUUCUCUGAUUGAUCAUCAUCAUAAGCAAGAAACUGAUUUAGCCAUUGUUAAGGAAGUGGAUGUUCGACAACCAGUUGGUCGAACUAGGGAAGUUGGCAUUCAAUGUGUAUAUGUUGAGCCUGUGCUGUCUUUGAAGCAAAAUCUCGAGAGAAACAGAAAAAGAAUGCGAAAAGAUGGACCUUGUGAACCGAGAACUACUCCAUCUGCUAAUAAUCAUGACUCGAAAAUUCAAACCAUUGCUGGUACUGAAACAAGCUUUAGAAGCGUUGUAAGGAAGUCUAGAGAUGUAACACCAGAAGAAAAGGAAAGAGUUACAAAUAUAUCCAAAGCAUUUCACUCGGAGUACCCUUUUUGUCGGGUUGUUUUACGACGAUCAUACGUUUACAAGGGUAUCGGCUUGCAUAUGCCAUCAUCCUUUGCAGAUAAAUACCUAAAUGGGGUAACAGGAUUUCUUGUACUUCAAUCCCGGAAUGGUAAAAAAUGGUCAGUUCGGUGUUUGUGGAGAGAUGGUUCGGCUAAGUUAAGCAAGGGAUGGCCCGAAUUCGUGUGGGAUAAUAAAUUGGAAGAGGGAGAUGUCUGCAUCUUCGAACUAAUCGAUGUGAAAGAUAUGGUUCUCAGAGUAACCAUAUUUCACGUUCACGAUGAUGAGGGGCAAUUUAGUCGAUUUCCGGGGAAUUUCGUAUUUCAAUCUGCCCAAACAAGUCAAAUCUCGAUUUCUUAUGACCUUAAUGGCUGAAGAAAUUGCAGGUAUUGAAAAAGACAUAUUUAAUAUGCAUUAUAUUUCUAUGUAUUACUAGUUAAGAAGGAAAUUAUGCUAGGUUUCAGGGACCUUUUAGUCAUCCAUGUGGAAACUUGAAUAAGAUUUGCUUGUUUCCAUUUAGGGGUCACAAAACUUGAUUAUAACUAUCGGGUUAGGUUCGAGAAGCAGUCUACUUGAUCAUCGAUGUUAAAUUAGUGGUCUUUGCUUAAAUAAAACUAUAGUCUUGAUAAUGAAUAUACAUGGUUGCCUACUAUCUAAUUUUGUUUAUGUAUAUAUGUUCGA